UUGCUGUUUCACAGUUCGAAGCAGUAUUGUGGUCGGUGGCCGCGGAGGGAGUAGCAGACGCAGUGUCUCGUUAGUUGAUCUCCCGGUGUCUGAGCUCCACUGUCGCUAGUUCCCGCUGCUUCACAGUGACAUGUUUUUGAAAACAGUCCUGUUCCUGGUUGCAAUUCUCCUGAAUUAUGUCAUCUCAAACUCUGACAUCAACAGGCCACAUAUAGUGUUCAUUAUUGCUGACGAUUUGGGGUGGAACGACGUCGGUUUCCAUGGAUCGAACCAGAUCCCAACGCCUAAUAUCGACGCCUUGGCGUACUCCGGCAUCGCGCUACACAACUACUAUGUGAGUCCCAUCUGCACACCCUCUCGUAGUGCGCUCAUGACUGGGAAGUACCCCAUACACACAGGAAUGCAGCACACAGUUCUGUUUGGGGCCGAGCCCCGAGGUUUGCCCCUGACAGAGCGUCUACUGCCCGAGUACCUGCGUGAUCUCGGUUACGUCAACAGACUCGUGGGCAAGUGGCAUCUGGGUUCCUACAAGAAGGAGUAUACGCCAACCUAUCGCGGCUUCGACUCCCACCUAGGCUACUGGACUGGCCAUCAAGAUUACUUUGACCACACAGCGUGUGAAACGGGAUUCUGGGGUCUAGACAUGCGCCAAGGGAUGGAUGUGGCUUGGGAUCUCCAUGGACAAUACUCAACUGAUAUAUUCACAAAAGAAGCAGUGAAACUCAUCCAUAGUCACAAUACAUCGAGUCCUCUAUUCCUGUACCUGGCCCACACUGCCGUUCACUCAGGCAACCCCUACAACCCCCUGCCAGCACCCGACAAAGAUGUUGCAGCGUUCACCAAUAUUGAAGACUUCAACAGAAGGAAAUUUGCAGCUAUGCUGAGCAAACUUGAUGAUUCUGUGGGUCAAGUGAUGAAGGCUCUACAAGAUGCUGGAAUGGUCGAAAACAGCAUUGUAAUCUUCACUACCGACAACGGAGGUCCUGCAGCUGGCUUCAACCUAAAUGCAGCUUCCAACUGGCCUUUGAGAGGUGUGAAGAACACACUGUGGGAAGGAGGUGUUCGAGGGGCAGGGUUGAUAUGGAGCCCUAUCCUGCCCAACGGUUGGGUGUCUACUGACCUCAUGCACAUCUCGGACUGGCUGCCUACCCUGAUCUCUGCAGCCGGUGGCAACACCAGUGAGCUGAUGAACAUUGACGGGGUGGAUCAGUGGCCCAGUAUGUCCCAGGGGGUGGCUACAACCAGAACCGAAGUCCUCCACAACAUCGAUGACAUCUACGGCAGCUCAGCUCUCACAGUGGGCGAUUGGAAAAUAGUCAAAGGAACCAACUACAAAGGCCAGUGGGAUGGAUGGUAUGGCCCAAGCGGUCGAGAUGAUACACCUUACGAUAUAGAAAGAGUCAUCAACAGUCCUGCAGGCCGGGCAGCUGCUUCCGUCAACCACCCUAUUUUCCGAGAAAAGGCAUUGAAGAUGCGCUCGAAACUGGAUGUCCAGUGUACACAAGAAGUGAUACAAUCUCCAUGUCUACCUCUAAGACACCCGUGUCUGUUUAAUGUCAGGGCGGACCCUUGUGAACUAAACAAUUUAGCCGAUCGAUAUCCAGCUGUACUUCGUCAUCUAGAGUCGCAGCUCAGUGCUAUCAACACGACAGCUGUACCUCCUGGAAACUUGCCGAUCGACAAACACGGAGAUCCUCGUCUGUGGGACCACACGUGGACCAACUUUGGUGACUAUAGCAGCAGCAAUGAUGUCGACAUGGCAGUGGAUCUGCCCCAAGGUACUGUUGCUGUCCAAGAAACAUAAUUCAAAGACCUAUUACUAACGUCCCAUCGUAAUUAGUAACUGAUGCCUCCCCAACUAAUUGCUGAAGAACGUAAAGAAGAACACUCCACGAGCCUCGUAGUGAAGAUCUCACUUAACACCAUGUUUCAUGUACAGAGUUAGUGUGUAGGCCUAAUAUUAGACUAAAGAUGUAUGCUCCUCAUUAUGAUUGCAAGAAUACUAACUGCAGCAAACACUGUUUAUAACGAAUUUUCAGGAUUUGUGGAAAAAAAUCUAAGCUGGAAUAUUUUAUAUAAAACACGUUAUCAGUAACGUAUGUUAUAUACGUUGUACGUUAAUGUUAAAGUACAAUUAUGAUUUUUAUUCGCAAAUCGCAUUAUAGGUUCUUGAUUUUAUUUUUUUUAAUAAUCAAGUGGUUUCUUUGCUUAAAAUUGAUAUUUAGCUAGGACUUAUCAUAAAUUCCAUGCCACAAUUGAUGUAUUUAACGACCCUCGUUCUGUAAAUUACAACUUCACUGAUGUGUCUAAAACUAGUUGAUGUUAAACUGGGUAUUGGAUCACGGCUAGUUUGAUGCAGUAAUUAAAUUACUAAAAAUUUAACAUGAUAAAAGUUAGUAUUGAAACUGAGUAUAAUGCUGAUCUACAUAAGAAUUGAUGUGGGUAAAAUAAUUUUUGACUGGCAAUGGUUGAUUCCAGUUUUAAAUAAUUAUAUUUAGGUGAAUUUAUAAAUUUACAUUACCAGAAACAUAAAUGCAGUCAUGAAGGCAGAAAUGGAAAUAAGUAUGAAGUACAGAAAUGAAAUAAGGCACUGA